CGCGGCGCUGCGGCGUCUCUCUCGGUCCGGGGUCAGUGGCCGGACCGCCCCAGGCGGUGUACCGUGCAGAGUGCAGACGGCGGCUCAGGCACCGGCAGCUGCAGCGCCACACCGAUUGAACUGCCGAGAGUGGUGGCGAUCCAUUCCGAGAGGUCAGAAAGUGUAAAGACGAGUGAUUCGGGUUGUGGUUUGUGGCAGCGAAUAGAGGACAGUGAGCAACACGGUGUCAUGCUACAUAGUGGCAUAGAAUGGCCAUUUUGUGGCCACGCAGAGUCCUGCUGAGAAGAUGGCGACUUCGAGGUGCAACGCAGAUUGUGUUGGUUGUGUUCCUGGUCCAGUUGCUGAUUGUAUGCUUUAGCCAAACAGGGCCCCCAGCGCCCUCCGGGUCCCCGUCGACACCGUCUUUGUCCGUCUGUCGGCGCGUGUACCGUCUGGGCUCGGUCCGGUACCGCGAGGAGGCGGCGCCACCGAACAGCGACACCUGCCUGCCGCCGCCGCUCACCGGGCCGCUGCUGCGCCGCUGUGUGGAGCGGCGCGCCCGGCGCCGCCGCAGGCCCACCUCCAUCCUUCUUCUGGGCGACUCGCGUCUGCGGAACCUUUACCAACACUUGGCCCAGGAGCUGGGCGUUCCUACUCCGCCCGAAGACACCAAUCGUUAUCCCGACUGGCAGCGAGGCAUCCACUGGACCAACUCUCCGGAGCGCUGGUGUCGGGUGUGCCCGUGGCACUGCUGUCCGCGCGCGGCCGCCGCCGCCGGCGUGUCGCUGCGGUUCGAGUGGCGGCCGUUCUGGACAGAGGCCACGGUGACGGAGCUGGAGGCGGCCGCUGAGAGCUGUGAGCGUGGUCACCGCGACUGUCCAGACCUGGUGCUGGUGAACGGGGCGCUCUGGUACAUGAAGGCAAUGCUGAAGGUAAACGCCUGGAGCGGGGACACUGCGCAGCUUCUGUUGCUCCUGCGCGCGCAGCUGGCACGUGCAGCAGCGGCCCUGACGCGACUGGCUUCUCUGACACGGACGAUAUGGAAGCUGGAUGAGGGGACACCCUCGGACGUGCACCUGAUGGUGCACAGCGCGAGCCCAUCCGAGAUUCCCGUGGUACACAGCCUGGUGUACGACUUAGCGAGGAAGGUUCCUGGUCUGACCGUCUGGUCAUCUGCCCUGCCGGAGUCGACGGGGUUCCUCAGACACACCUGCUACUCUAUGCAAGGCCGUCAGGAUCCCGUUACCUCUGAAGACUCGACUCCUGCCGUCCUGGUCAACGGCCGUCCUCAAAACGACCGCGUGAGCAGCAACCGCACCUUCAUCCGCGAGUGUGGCAAGGAGGCCCUGCACCUCAGUGAGGCAGUUAUGUCCAGAGCAGUGCGUAUGAUGUUUGCCGAACUUUGCCCGCAGGAAGGUGAGAGUGCGAUGGAGGGGAGGGAGAAGACCAGAGAGGCCCUUGAGACAACGUGCUGUUGGGGAAAUAUAUUGGAAGCUACGUAACUACAGCAGCUUGAUAACGCGACAGACGACAUGGGAUAAAACA